AUGUCUUUGGAGUUAGAUAUUCCUAGGUUCUUCCGGGACCUUGGACCGAACAGCGGAGCGGGAAGCAUUGUCCAGGGGAUUGGCGGGUCGGCUCCCAGAAUCUCCACCAAAGACCUGGACAAGCUUCCUCAGUUCGACUACAAAUCAUGGUCGGAAAAGGAGAAGGCCAGUCAUCUUCCUGUGGUUGUAGACUGCGCAGUUCGCUUAGAGAGCUGCAGGCUGCUGCCGAAUCGCAAGUGCACGCACAGCUUCCACUCCCACCGCAUCAACUUGUGUCCCCCGAAGACUCCCAUCUGCAGGGCUGCCAUUAAUGCUCCGCCGAGCUGCAGAGCUCUCGAGGAGGCAGGACAAGACAGAGCUUCACAAGAGAUGUUCAUGUCGAAUUGA